UCUUUCCCCCUUCCCAUCACACCUUCUUGGACCGAAUUAAGACAUCACCGUACCAUACCGUCUAACGGUUUUUUCCUUUUGGCUCAAUUCACUUCUACCUUCCACCAGCAGUUAUUCACCUUACUUUCUUCACUCACAUACCGGUUCACCGUAUCCAGCCAUCCGACUUUUUGGACUCGUCAGGUGCUUCUCAGGACUUACAACGAAGAUUCGAGAAUAACCGACAAACUUCAAGGUUCCUUGGCCCCAUCUUAGACAUUGCAUAACUAGCCUGCGCAGUUAAUUGAUGCACUGAAUCACCCUGUGAUCGUGAUCGACACUGCGCAGCUUGCUGGUGGCGACCAAGCUUGCUACGGCUUCACCAACAUCAAUCAGCUGAGACCUCCAAGAGGGAAACCCGGCUUCACCCCUUGCUUCAAUUGUCGCUGGGAAUCUUCAUGACGCGACAGCAUUCCACACAACACGCUUCGCUGUCUGGUCAACAUGAGUCAGCAUUCCAGUUCGGCCACCCUUCCAAGGGGGUUCAGAUUUGCUGCUGUAAAGACCCCCGAGCCCUUUGACAACAAUGACGAGACUCAGAUCCCAUCUCCACCAAGGCCCCGCCUGAAAUUGAAGCGGCGUCAUGUCUCCCAUCACCUCUCGGCCCCAACCCAGCAAUUUCUAGCCUCCGUGGCCGCUGCCGACAUUCCCAUACCAAGCAUUGAGGAACCCGAGACUAGACCUGGAGAUUGCAACAAGGGCGAAAUGCAACUCAUCUCCACCAUUGAGCCUGUUCAGGAUGAGAACUACACUCAUCUCCUUGCUCCCCGAGGACGAACAUUCUCUCCGCCAAAGACUCCUGCCCCUCGCUUGGUGCCAUCUCUUUCACCCCCGAGAUAUCCCAACUGGACCAUCGACUCGGCCAUCAGCAGCAGCAGCAUCGAGUCAACUCCCGACUGCGAGUCGAGUAGGCCAUCCACUUCGAGGUCUACCCAAACAAGCGGCUCCUUGUUCAGUCGCCUGUCUCAUCUUUCCGACGACGACUGCGCGAGUCCCGAGUUCCACAGUGACGAGAAAUUCGUCCUCCGGGAUGAGCAUGGCCGGUCUGGAGCCCCGUUCGUACCGAAUACUAAGCCGAGGAAAGCGCCAUGGACCAAGGCAAUGAGCACUCAUCUGUGGUCCACCUACGUCUUAUAUCUGCAAGACCCCAAGGUCACGCCUUUCCGCAUUGGUACGAGUUGCAUCCCGCCGCACGGUGUCCUUCUCCGCGUUGCUAGAGAAGCGAAGCGUAGUUGGAAAGGAUCCAAGGCCCUGAAGAAGGCCGUCAACCCGGGCGAUGGCAAGAAGAGCGGGAGUAGCACUCCGACUGCGGAGAGCUCGGGCGCGUAUAUGGAAUGGCCACAUACAUGUGCUACCACUCGCGGCCAUCUUCGCGAACUCUGCAAGAUCAAGGCUGCCUCGGGGGCACGAAAUCUUCGCUCCGUGUCCCGUAGCCCGGCUCCGUUUACCCAGGCCGCCGCACGGCAUUGGAACAGACGGUCCACACCCGCCGCAUGCUCUCCAUCGCCGUUCGCGACUCAGGACAUCUCCAUGUCUCUUGCACUGAGCACAUCCGAGACAAUGCAACCGAACGGCCCUCUAGCCCAGCUCACAAGCUCAUCUUCGGAACUUCCCACCGAGCCGCCAUCGACUCUCCUGCCAGAAGUGGCCACCUCGUCUGACGCCGCGCCCGGGCUUUUGCUUGGUAACUUUGACGGAGAACCAUCCUUCGCAGAGCGGCGACGACUAGGCUCUCCCUUUGGCGCGAAGAGUUAUGGACCAAGCUCGUCUAGCUCCCUUUCGGCUGCUCUUGGCCUGAGCAUGCCCCUGCCACGCAGACAGACCCACACAGUGGGCCCCAGGCGGACUCUCCAGUCCCCAGUUCGGCUGAGUCGGUCAAGCACUCAGAGGAGGAGAAAUACCCAAUCUGGCGUGCCGCGCAAGCGACCCAGCCUGGUAUCGGACAUCUGGCUGGAUCCCAACGCCAACAACAGUGGCCCCCAAGUCGGAGGCGCGCCAGCGGCCGAACCGAACUUCCCAAUGCCUUCCCGCCUGGACCUCGACGAGCUCUUCAUUCCAAGGGCCGCUCCCAGCCAACCUUUCCUGGCAUCUUCGGCCAGCAUGCCGGAUGUCGGGGCACAGCUAGCGCCGCCUCUCGGCCCCCCUCCGAGGCUAGGCUCUCCGUUUUCAGGUUCCAACUCGAGUUUCAGUUUCCCCCGCCGCAUGCACCGGCACCAUCCGGAGAGCGUGGAUUUGGGUAUGCUUGGCCGUCCUUUUGCGACGGUCCAGCAUGCAACAGAGACCACCGCUGGCCCCGCACGGACGACCUUGACGGACCGCUUGGCGUACAUUGACCAACGUCUGAAAGAAUUCAGGAGUCGCGAUGCCCGCCGUCGAUCCGGGUCCCCGUUGUAAUUUUAUCACGAUCACCACCUGUUCCUCAUCAGG